UAAAUGUAAUGGCAAGGAUUUGUAAACAAACAGACCACCAACCAACCACCAAACCAGAAGCUAUAAAAAACUGAAUAGUUGAAUAGUAAUAACAGAAUAGUAAUAACAAUUAAACAACUUCAUUUUUCUAAAGCAACAGAAAUUCCAAAGCCAAAAACAUCGUACAUGGAUGACAAAAUUGAAGAAUGUGACAAUGUCACUGCGUUGGAAUUACAAAAGAGUAAACGGAUUUUACAUUUUAGCGAUGGUAUAUUAGAAGAGUUUUCGGACAGCGAUGAGGAAACUGUUGAUGCCACAGACAUGGAGAUAGAUGUGAAAUCAUGGCCUUUAGUGCCCCGCAUUAAAUAUCAGGUGUACCAGGCAGGAUGUAAGUUUUUAAAUGGCAUUGAUUAUGUUGGAGGUGGACUAGCAAAUUUUUUGGGAAUUACAACACCAAAAUUUGUCAGCGAAUCGGAUAUAAAGGCUGUUUAUGAAGGCAAUAGAAAAAUUGACGAGGACAACGAGAAUGUGACUGCUUGGAAUCAAAACAACAAUAACACUCCAAAUAUGGUCGUUACAAGGUGUCCACAAUCUAGUAUGUCACAAGUUUCAGCUUCAUAAAAAGACGUUGCAGCUGAAUGCCUAUUAAAGGCAUUAUUGCUCAAUGAGUCAGACGAACGAAGCGACUUACAAUAAGUAUUUCUAAAAAUACAUAAAACAUUCUAUUCUACCACAUAAUUCUCCGAAAUCAAUUAUUUCGGUUUUAGUGUACUUAAGUAUUUAUUAUCACUUGAUUUUUGAAAGACGAAUACGAAGACAAAGAGCGAUAAGAGCCACUAACCUAAAAUACAGAAUAGCCAAAAAAUGGUGCAAAUUAUUAUAAAAAAAAAAAGAUUUACCAAAACUAUUUAUAUUUAUAUGCUUAAGAUAUAGCAUAUGAAAACUAAACAAUCAGUUAUUAUAUUUAAAUAAUCUUUUCUGAAACAUUCAUACAUAAAGUUUAAGAGAUAUUUGUUUGUCUAGCAUAAAACUGCAUUUAAUGACAAGCGAAAAUAGUAUUAAAUAGAAGUUUAGACUUAGAAAUAAAUUUUUGUUUCGCUCUUAACUAUUUAAAACAAAUUAUUAAAGUUUUUUAAGUAAGUAUUCUCGCCUCAUAACUAUUUUUCAUAUAACGAUUGAUUUUGGCCGCCCUAUGAAACGUAGAUUGCCUGUCGACCAGACACCACAUGAUAAGAAUAGAGGGCUAGAAUUGUAUGAUUAU